ACUAUAUCACCAGCAUCAACAUCUGAUGCAGCAACAACAAGUAUGACUGACACCACAACAACUAUUGAUACAACAACAAUUUUGGCUUCCUCAUCUAGCAACUCAACAUCCUCAACAACAGCAGCAGCGUCAACAACAACUGAUGCAGACACUACUCUGUUUGACACCACAUCAACAACUGAUGCAAACACAAUCUUGGCUUCCACAACCACACCUCUGACAUCGACUACUUUAGCACCAGUAUCAACAACUGAUACAGCAACAACAACGAUGCGUGACACCACAACAACUAUUGAUACGACAAUUUUGGCUUCCACAUCCAGCGCCCCAACAUCCUCAACUACAGCAGCAGCGUCAACAACAACUGAUGCAGAAACAACAACUCUGUCUGACACCACUACAACUACUGAUGCUUCAAGUUUGACAACCAGAACCACCCCUUCAGCAUCUACGACUGUAGCAACAACAUCAACAAAAAUAGAUGAAUCAAUUACAACUUUGUCUGAACCCACAACAGCAACUGAUGCAACCACAAUCUUGGCUUCCACAGCCACACCUCUGACAUCGACAACUAUAGCACCAGUAUCAACAACUGAUGCAGCAAUCACAACUCUGUCUGGCACCACUACAGCUACUGAUGCAACAACAUCUUUUGAUUCCAAAACUACCCAUCUAAUGUCAACCAGUAGCGCAUCAACUACAACUCUGUCUGACAGAACUAAAACUACUGAUGCAACAACAUCUUUUGAUUCCACAAGCACCCCGCUAAUGUCAACAACUGAUUUAUCAACCACAAGUCUGUCUGACACCACAACAACUACUGAUGCUACAACAACUUUUGAUUCCACAAACACCCCUCUAAUGUCAACCACUGAUGCACCAACUACAACUCUCUCUGAGAGAACUACAACUACUGAUGCAACAAGUUUGACUUCCACAACCACCCCUUCAGCACCUACGACUGUAGCAACAACAUCAACAAAAAUAGACGUAUCAACCACAGCAUUGUCUGAACCCACAACAGCAAAUGAUGCAACCUCAGUUUUGGCUUUUACAACCACCUUUCCAACAUCCUCAACUGUUGAACCAACAUCAACAACAUCUGAUGCAGCAACCACUACUCUGUCUGACACCACAUCAACAACUGAUGCAACCACAAUCUUGGCUUCCACAGCCACACCUCUGACAUCGACUCAACCAGUGACGCAUCAACUACAACUCUGUCUGACAUAA